AUGGCUCCCGUACAGCAGAUUGGGGAUUUCCCCGACAUUCCUGUCACGUCAGUUGAGGUUCGAGAUGCGGCUCAGAAUAUCCCAGCCGACGCUUCGCCUUCUAUCACCUUGAAUUACCUUACCCCUCGAGCCGACUCCUCCUCCGCAGCCACUACAAAGAUGAACUAUGGCCAAGGCACAGUUGAUCCGAAAAGCAUCAAGAUGCAAGGCCUGAUGGCUUUGUUCGCACUCAUCGGUGCCGCAUUCAAUGGUGGAUUUGUCUGGCGCAAGGGCGAUUGGGAAGAUUACAAAUCGACCGUGCUACGACGAAAAGGGCCCGAUGGACGAACUCUCAGUAACGCCACUAAGAGUACCAAGCUGGGCGGCGGUAGUGUCGUCGGCUACAGCGAUGAUGGCUACACUUACACUGACGAGACUGCCACCUACACCGAGGAGACUGCCACGACAAUCAGUGAUGAGAAGCCGCGAAAGAAGAAGCGCAACUUCCGAGAGAAGCUACUCCGCCGACACAAGGACGAGCGAUGGGAAGGCGAGGCAGACGACGACAUGCGUGCUUAUCGCGAGGAGAAGCCUGCGCGCAUUGGUGGUAUGAAUCGCGAAGCAGAGGGUACCUACCACGGGAGUGACUACGAUUCUUCCGCUCCCCCUACGCACUACAACCGCAGUGACAUGAGCGAAGUCCGUGACUACGCUUAUGAACAGCCCCGUCGCUCUCGCCGCCGCGACCCCUCGGGCUUCUCCUUCACUGCUGGCAGUGAAGACGUCCUGAGUCAGACCACCGAGGAACACCAACUUCGCGACCCAUCUACUCGUCGCCACAAUCGCCGACGUGACCGUGAGCGCCGCCAAAGUGCCGCACCUCCAUCUGCCCCGUCAUCUCGCACCAGCAGCCCCCGCAAGAAGGAUCGUCGCUCCAUGCCGGGUGGAUACACCGAGCCUCUUGACUUCUCCUCCGCCGGCUCUCGCUCGGAGUACCAAUAUUCCAAUGUUGACACCGAGGAUUCAAACGGCACCAAGAGCUACCACCACCCCAUUCCAGGCUUGACAAAGGGCUACCGCCGUGAUGGACACGGUCGCCGCCGUCGUGACAGUCUCAGCGAUAGCGAUAUCGAUGAGUAA